AUCAACAAGAAAACAAUACCCAGUAUGUCAGAGCUCUAUGGUAAUGCAACAAAUUUCUCAGGAAUCAAUGGAACAGACAGCAACUGCAGUAAAAGGUGUUCACUGGCGCAUGAUCAACAACACAUUACAGUUUUGCCUUGGAUCUAUCUGACUCUGGCUGUUGUGGGCUUCGUGGUCAAUGGACUUGCCACGCUGGACCUUUGGCGAUCUGAAAAGACACCAACCGUCAUCUUCACCUUAAACAUAGUGAUAUCUGACUUGAUGGUUUGCUGCAGCUUCCCCUUCAGAACGGCCUACUUCAGCUCUGGCUCUGAAUGGAAGGCUGGCUCCUCCAUCUGCUUGUCUGCAGGGUUUGUUAUGGUUUCCUUCUUUUCCAUUAACCUCUAUUGUAACAUGUCCUUUUUGCUGUGGACUAGCAUCAACCGCUAUGCUACAGUGGUACAGCCACGCUGGGCUUUCUUCCAAGCCUUCAGGCAGCCAAAGCUCUGCUGGGCCAUCUGCGCCGUCACCUGGAUAUUGGGAAUCACCAUUGUAAGUGGUUCCCUAGGAUAUAAGGCAAGCCUGAAUCUUACACGACCAGAACUGAUUACCUGCUUUGACCAGCUGGUGAACAAAGGAAUGGAGCAAGUGGACGCUAUACAUGCCAUAGGCGUUGGAAUAUUCUUUUUCAUCCUCGGCCUGAUGCUGGUCAGUUAUGGUCUGCUGAUUUUUCACUUGCAGAAGGUGAGAGGGGGAAGCAUGGUUGGUGCUGGAUUUGGGCCAGGAGGAGGCCUAAAGGUGAGGAGGAAAAUCCUGGCCUCCGUGGUUCUGUUUGUGGCCUGUUUCUUGCCCUACCAUGUGCAGAGGAUCAGGAUAAUGGCUGCAUCGGACAGCAAAGACUGUCAGCAAAAGCAAAAAGACUUGGAUGUGAAGACUCUAACCAUCGUGGUGGCAGCACUCAGCUGCUGCCUGCAUCCAAUGCUGCACCUGGUGCUGCGUUUGCCCUGCUGCCGAGUCAAGCGCAACGUGAGACCCAACCCUAAACCAGAAAUUACACGAAGCCAAAUCACACCUAACAUACAAGCCACUGAGUUGAGCCCAAAUGUUAAAUAGGAGUAAUGGUAAGAAAUCGACAAGACUUUGAGAUAGAAACAGACAGUAACUAUAAGUCUAGAAUAUAAAGUCUUUUCAAAGGAGAAUCACCACUGAAAUUAUAAUUCUGUCCAAGACUAGACUUAAUAUUCUAGUGCUGUGUUCAGAAUCGCUGCUCAUAACAGAAAUUGUACACUAUAUAGUGUGUCACCCAUUUUGCAGUGUUGUUCGAAAUCUCAACGGUAAUCUUCACUCCUUAUAUGAACCAUUCUAUUGAAUUAGUUCAAUCUGCAGUGCAACAAAUAAAAAAAAACACAAUAAAGUAUUUAGACCUUAGAUAUUUACAAAUAUUGUGUGAUGAUCAAUUUAAAUGCAAGGCAUUACUCGAUAUUGUAAUAAGCUAAAAAUAUACAAAUCAUCAUUGAUAAGGUACUUUCUUUUGGGAGGUGGCUUUCCCAAACCCUAACCCCUACAUUUCAACUUCUGAA